CGCUGAGCCCGGGGGGCCCAGGCGGCGAGCCCCGGCACCGGGGCGGCCCCCGGCCGGAGCAGAACGAUGCCGGUGAAGAAGAAGAGAAAAUCCUCAGGGCCGGCGGCGGCGGACGAGACCGGCCUCAAGAAGUGUAAACUGGGCAGCUAUUGCAGGUCACAAGCAUCUGGUAAAGUAAUAAGCGGAGAGGAACAUUUUUCAAGCAAGAAGUGCCUAGCAUGGUUUCAUGAAUAUGCAGGUCCUGACGAUGUUGUGGGGCCUGAAGGAAUGGAAAAGUUCUGUGAAGACAUUGGUGUCGAACCUGAAAAUAUUAUUAUGUUAGUUUUAGCCUGGAAGCUAGAGGCUGAAAGCAUGGGAUUUUUUACCAAGGAAGAAUGGUUAAAGGGGAUGACCUCAUUACAGUGUGACUGUACAGAAAAGUUACAGAGUAAAUUUGACUUCUUGCGGUCACAGUUGAAUGACAUCUCAUCCUUUAAGAAUAUCUACAGAUAUGCCUUUGAUUUUGCAAGGGACAAAGACCAGCGAAGUCUUGAUAUUGAUACUGCAAAAUCCAUGUUAGCGCUUCUGCUUGGAAGAACUUGGCCACUGUUUUCAGUAUUUUAUCAGUACCUGGAGCAAUCGAAGUAUAGAGUCAUGAACAAGGACCAGUGGUACAAUGUGCUAGAGUUCAGCAGAACUGUCCAUGCAGAUCUUAGCAACUAUGAUGAAGAUGGUGCAUGGCCUGUACUUCUGGAUGAGUUUGUCGAAUGGCAGAAAGUUCGUCAAGCGUCAUAGCAAGAAUUCAAAAGAAAAUGCAAGUUUUUUUGGUGCCCGCCUGUACACAAACUAAUGAGAAAAACAUCGGAUUGCAUUUUCAUUUUUAUGAAAGACUUUACAGUAAUUUUUUUCCUUUUCUAAGGAAGUUUUCUUGUUACAUGUGAUAUGGGCAUUUGAACCACACCUCUUCCGAGACUGAAAGUUGGAGUUCUUGUUUUGAGUCUUACAUUUAUAGCAUUUCUUUCAGAACAAUAAAGAUUCAGAUUUGUGACAAAGGCCUAAAAGUGAAGAAUGUCCCUUGAAUGUGAGUGUGGUGUCUAUUUCUAGAACCAAAUCUUUAAAAUGAUCUUUCUCAGAAGUGCCCUUUGUUAUGAUUUAUUGAGACCUUAAAAAUGCUUACCUGGCACUGUUGCUUGCUGGCGGUAUGAUUGUCUUGUGAAAGAAACGUUAGAAAGAGUGACUAAUUAUUUGAGCCCUGGGUGGGGGUGUGUUAAUUUGAGUAUUAAGUAUUGGUCAUGGGUUGUGCCACACUUUUCAGCUCCUUCUGGAGAUAAAGGCCUUAAGCUCUGUUUUGUUCUGUUCUGUACUCACCCAGUGGCAUGGCAUUUAAUGGCAGAUGCUUUGUUAAGCAGAAAAGUGUGGAGCUCACGUGUGGCUGUGGAUGCAGGGUAGCUGGAAACUAGUUACCUGUACUUCAGAUGUCAAACAAAGGUACUCUGAUACCGUACUGCAGCUCCAAAUUUCUAUUACAACUUAGACUUUGAGUUGCUUUGGAUAAGAAGUGCAAUUUAUAUAUAAAAAGGGAAAGCUGGAAAGACCUGCCUUCGAGCUUUGCUUCUUUCGUGUUUUAGACUGGAAGCAUUCACAGCAUGACUUUCUUUUACCUCUCUUGAAGUUUUUCUGUGAUGUAAGAAAGACUUAAAUCAUCUGUUUUUGACCCGUAUGUAACAGGCUAUUAAUUUUUACCCUGUUAUUCAUGUGUUGAGAACAAUAAUUACUGUGAUUGCCUGUUUAGGCAGUUUUUGUGACAAACUUCAACUUUAUUUAAAGGUUGUCACUCUACCUUUCUGCCCAGGAAUCUGAAUGCCAUCUUUGAGAAGAAGCAGGAUUUUAAUGAGUAAAUAUAAGAAAACAAAAUGGAAUGAGAGAAUGAAGCAUUUGUAACUUCUACUUCAUUAUAUAAUUAUAUUAUUUAGACUGUGAUAAUGCCAUGAGACUCCAGAUCAAGGCCUCAUUGUGCCAAAUACAUCAACAGCUUGAAAUGAGAAUAGACAAUGUAAGCUAGGCAUGACUUGAAGAUCUUUGCCUCAGGGAAAUUACUUCUGUUUUGCACAUCCCUUAUUCAGACUAAGUGUGAGUUUUUCUAUCAUUAAGGAAAGCUUCAUUCCCAAGACAGUGGAUUUUUUUUUUUUAAUUUUUAUUCAGUGGUGGGAGAAGAGUGGGAGGGAAGGGUGAAGAGAGGAAGAAAUAGCAGUAGGAAGUGGAACAAAAUAGAAGCAUGCCCAUGCUCUCAUUCUUUUAAAGGAACACCUUUGCUACUUGCCACUCUCUGAAGCUGCUUGCUGUUGGGGCUGCAGAUGGUAUUGUCAGUCAGUGGUGUUCCCUGGGCCUUUCUGCAAGUCACCUGGUAGUGCAGCUGAGCCUUAGAGGUAUGGUUCUGCCCAAGCCAAAAAAGCUUUGGAACGAAGAAGAAGCUGAGAUACUGGCAGAUCGCUGUGCUCAUACAGUGGCUAGUGUCUGUGUGCAUGCAGACCCGUGCACUGCAGCUGGUCUAUUUUUCCACCUUUCUUAAGGAAAGUACUUAAUUUCAGACCUUGCGAAGACUUCAGCAGUUCUCUUAAAUAGGUUUCAGGUUGUCUGUUUGUGUUGCUGAUGAUUCUGAUUUCUCCCAUAGCAGAGUGCCUUUUGUUUGGAAAUUGCCCUUCCAUACAGAAACUCAGUGCCAGAAUGAGAGUAACUUCAAGAGUCCCAAAAACAGUGAAUUGAAUUUCUGAGGUGCGCAGGAUAAAGAUACACCAAUUAGAUCUAGGGAAGUACUGCUGUAUAUUGAAUCUCUGCAAGGGCACUGAUUCUGAAAUGACUUUCUAAAAUUCACUUCAGUGACUCUUCUAGCUUAGUAUAUUUAGACCCAGUUAUAACUGGAAAAUUCUCUUUCCAGGAGUUUUGAAAUACAGGUAGAAGUUGAACAUUUUCUAGUGUGGUUGGGGGGAAAAAUAAAGAAAAAGGAAAAAACCCACACUUUUUUAGGUAAUUGCAAGCUGUUCUGAAUUCAAGUUAAACCAGUUGGUCUUAGAGGCUGGUGUUAGUGUCUAACAGUAGGAGUGAUGCAUCUACCAUCCAAGACAGUCAAGUACUUACAGUUAAGGUGUAAGAUGCUGUGUGAUGUAUCAUUUGUAUCUCUGUUAAGGUUUUAUCAGUAUUCCUCUAAUAAAUCCACAUUUCAGGGAUUUAUAACUUGGUUGUGUGCGUGAUGAAAAAUCAUCAGUUACUGUAAAACUUUGACUGGGAAUGAAUGUAUUUAAACAACUUAAAAUCAAUAUAGUUUUUCAAAUUUGAAUAAAAUAGGACUUUAAGUUAUGUUUUUGUGCUCUAAACUGCAAUCAGAUUUAUUGUUUAAAUGUGAACUAAUGGCUUGUACAGUUUCAUUGUGAGCUGGUCACUUUUCCUAGCUGUCUUUUUUUUUUUUAAUUAAAUCACCUUACAUCUUUCUGUGGAUAAGUGCCAAAAGUUGUUUAUUUAUUUUUUGUUCUGUUUUGUGCACAUCCACAAGCCAAAACUGAGUUCAGCUGAAUGCUUUCAUUAACCUUUACAUUUUAGUUUUGCUUUGCUCAGGUGCAUUUUAAUCUCUCAAAUGAGGAAGUGACACCUUUUCUGCCGUAUCUUACGAUGAAAGUUCACAAGUGAAAUAUGCUGCCAUAGCUAUGACAAAUAAUAAAAGCAAAGGUGAAAUGUCUUCCACAACUAAAUCACAGUGAUGUCUAUCUUGGUAUUAUAAACUUUGCUUUGGUCUCACUUUUAAUUUCUUUACAUUAAUUCUCUUCACAUAGCUAAAUUUUUCUCAGUUCUUGAACAACAAAGUUUUGGGUUUUUAAUCUGGAAGCACCCACCUGUUCAUGGAAAAAGCCAUACUGGUAGAUUGGAAUGUAAUAUUUCUUCUAUGUAAAAAUGUGAUUUUGAAUUAAACAGUCAUGUAUGUUUA